AUGGCGGACAGUGACUUGGCGCCCAAGUUCGCCCCAUUCUUCUCCUUCGCCGGCAUUGCAGCUGCACUUUCGUUCUUGAAGAUGAUCUUCGGGGCCGGAGGAGCAGCUUAUGGCACCGCAAAGUCGGGUAUCGGUAUUGCGGGUGUGGGAACUUUCAGACCAGACCUGAUUAUGAAGUCGCUCAUCCCCGUCGUCAUGUCCGGUAUCAUUGCAGUAUACGGUCUCGUCAUCUCAGUCCUUAUCGCCGGAGACGUCAACCCAGCUCAGAGACAGAGCUUGUACAAGGGAUUUAUGCACCUUGCAGCAGGUCUAUCAGUUGGCCUUUCCGGUGUCGCCGCUGGCUAUACGAUUGGCAUUGUUGGUGAUGCUGGUGUUCGGGCAUACAUGCAACAGUCACGCGUUUACGUCGGCAUGAUUCUGAUCCUGAUUUUCGGCGAAGUUCUGGGUCUGUAUGGCUUGAUUGUUGGCUUGAUCUUGAACUCGAAGUCUUGA